AUGACUAAUCGUGGCCUUGCUGUAUGCUACAGCUUGGCAACGGCACAUCCUGAAACGCACUGGCGGGCGUCCUUAUUCCCUCCGGGUCGAGCCCAGUGUCUCUACAUCCUACAUGCACACGUUCGAGCCUGUCUUGCGUCUGGUGCGUGCCCUGCCGGACUGGCUAUUCAGCCAGUCAGUCAGUCAGCCAACCAGCCAACAAAACUAGCAUAUCUCGCUCCUUUCCUAGCCCUUUUUCACGAGAUGCCCUGGCAUUUUGUCUUCGCUCGAACUCUCUCUACUUGGCGUACCUCUGCCGUUUUAUCCACCAAUCAGCUCGUUUUGCAGGGGCGUGUUUCAGGCUAUUCAGCUAGUUAA